CCCCAUUCUUCCUGGAGAAAAGCAUCCCCGCAGCAUGAUGCUGCCACCACCGUGGUACAAGGUAGGGAUGUUUUUCUACCGCACAUAGUUUAUUAUUUAGGGCAGAAAGAUUUUGUUUUGAUAUCAUUUGAAUAGAGCAUCUCUUGUGGUUUCUGUCCCCUACAUACAUUUGGCCGAUAUGCAGGAACCACCGAUAGCCUGGAGAUAAAUCCGCUGCUAGGAGGUCGAGCUAAAUAAAUCAGGAUCUGCUCUUUUAAAGCUACUUUGCUUUCAGGUUUACACCUAGUCCUCAGACUUCACACUCACUCUUACAGCUUCUUCUACGGGACAGCUGAGUUUCCGUCCUGGCGCAUGCGCUGUGCAUCCGUCGGAGUAUGAGGAGCAGCUGAGGAGCAGAUCCGGAGAUGAAGACUCCACCAGACAGGUCGGGAAUCACCUUCGAGGUCGGAGCUCAGCUGGAGGCCCGAGAUCGGCAGAAGAACUGGUACGCUGCCACUAUUGAGAAGAUUGACUAUGACAAGGAGCGGGUUCUGGUCCACUACCGCCAGUGGAGCCGUCGGCACAACGAGUGGUUCCACUGGAGCUCGCCGUACCUUCGUCCGCUGGAGCGCGUCAGCCUGAGGAGGCAGGGCCUGACGCCGCCGCAGGCCCAGCCGGUCUUCGUUUUGGGCUCCAAAGUUCUGGCCUGUUGGACCGACUGUCGCUUCUACCCGGCAAAAAUCCUCAAAGUCAACAAGGACGACUCGUACACGGUGCGGUUCUACGACGGCGUGGUCCAGACGGUGAAGCCGACCAAAAUCAAACCUUUCCACGAAAGGUCCAGAUCAGAGAGGAGCGCAGUGGGGAGCGAGGGAUGGGAGGAGGGCGAGAGUGAGGAGGAGGAGCAGAACCCCAAAGAGGGGGAAGGCCAGGAGACACAGGAGGAGGAGGAGAAGAAGGGAGGAGAAGAGGAGACAUCAGAGGAGAAGGAAGGAGCUGAGGAAGAGGAGGAGGAGAGGAAGACAGCAGAGCCUUCUUCCUCUCAUCCACCAACGAAGAAAAAGACAGAAAACAACAGAAGUGAUGUAGUUCAGAAACAGCCAAUCACAGCAGACUCCACCCUGGCAGCGGUUCCUAACCCCGCCCACAUUGACAAAGAUGUCCUGAUGGAGCGCCAGGCUCACCUUCCCACCACUCACAAGUUCAGCAGAGAGCCACUGUACAGGGUGAUAAAGAACCAGCCUCCUCCUAUUCUGUCCAUCGAGCUGGACCACAACCCCUUCAAGUGUCCGGCUGCCGGCUGCUCCAAGUCCUUCAGGAAGGCCAGCCUGCUGCACUACCACAUCAAGUACUACCACUCUGAGCAGCAGCUGGACGUUGGCGGCGGCGCGGAGCCGGAGGCCUCCAGGAGGAAAAGGUCUGCUUCUGAAGGAGGCGACUUCCCGUCCAGCAAGAAGGCCGACAUCCAGACCGGCAGCUGUCGCCGUGACGACAGAGAGCAGAGCAUCAUGGGAACCGAGCUGAAGAAGGAGGAGAGGAAGGAGAAACCAGGAGGACACGACAGGAAGGAGAGGAAGCACUUCCUGCGAGUCAAACUGAGGAAGAAGAAAAAGAAGAAGAAGAAGAAGAGCCAGUCAGGAUUCGGCAGCAGCGACGACGACACGCCGGACCGACCGCCCCUCACUCUGAAGCUUUCACACUCACACGUCGACGACGGCAGCGACUGGUCGACGCUGACGGCCGAGAGCGGCGAGGACACGCCCUGGCCCGUUGCUAUGGAGACGGAGGACUGUGAGGUGGUGAGGUGCGUGUGCGAGGUGGACGAAGAGAACGACUUUAUGAUUCAGUGCGAGUCGUGUCUCUGCUGGCAGCAUGGAACCUGCAUGGGUCUAUAUGAAGACAACGUUCCUCACAACUACAUCUGUUACUACUGCAGGCAGACCUCAGGCUGGAGGCGGGCCCAGCGCUUCCUGUCUGAACCCGAUUUGCUGAUCUCGGGUCACAUGUUCGGCCUGUCCUGCGUGAAGGAGAACUACUCGGAGAUCAACGCCUCCAAGAUCUCCCACACCAGCCACCUGCUGGCCCAGACGCAGAGCCUGCACCAGGUCCUGAGCGGCCUGCAGCUCAAGAUCAGCCUGCUGCACUCUCCGUCCCACCCCGACCUGCAGCUGUGGAGAUCGCCAUGGCAACAGGAGGAGGCUCUAAACCUGACGUCCGGCCAGCAGGACGAGCCGUCCAUCUGCUACGUCAGCAGCGAACACUGCUACCAGAAACCAGAGGCAUCUUGGGAAACGGCUGAGGAAAAGGUAGGAGAGCAUGAAGAUCUGAGGAAACAACCGUCUCUGAGCAUCAUGGACGCCAACGCCGUGAGCCACUCAGACGCUCGCUUCUUCCUCAGCAUCAAGCCGGAGAGCCACUCAGAGGACGCCGGCCACACCCACAGACAGGCCGCCGUGUCUGUGGCUCAGUGUCGGCUCAACCUGCUGGAGCACGUCGAGGCGCUGCAUCACCAGAUCACCGCCAGGAUGGACCUGAUCGAGCGAGAGCUGGACGUUCUGGAGUCUUGGCUGGACCACUCCGGGGAGCUGGAGCCUCCAGACCCUUUGUCCCGCCUCCCGCAGCUGAAGCAGCGAAUCAGGCGCCUGCUGAGUGACCUGUGUACGGUGCGGCGCCUGGCGGUCUGCCGCUGAGCGACUGACAGCCGCAGGCGAGUGGAAACGUAACGCUCUAUCGGUGCUUCAUGAGCUUCCCUACAGACAAGCAGAAUCAGUUUUCAUUCUCACAGUUUCAGCAUUUUCAUUUCUUUUUACUGAGCUAAAAGAGCUGCUUCAUUUCAGUUUAGUGAGAAGAAAACUGCUGGUGCUUCUUCACAUCACAGCUUGGAAAUGUACAAAUGUUAAUCUGAAUGUUUUUACGCUUGUAUAAGAAACUGUACAAACCUGUAGAUUUAUUUGAUAGAGAGACGGAUGGACUGUUUUUCAGAGAGGAAAGUAGAUUUUUUCCUGAAAAUGCAGCAGUAAAAUGUAUUCAACACUUUGUUCCACACGCUGGUUUUGAUCUGUUUCCUCUCCGGUCGGUAGUUUAGACGUCCAGCUCUAGAUGUUCCUCAUUAACCCGUCGAAGCUUCGCUGUUCAUUUAGUUUCAGGCUGAAGGUUUUUGUUUUUCAGAGAUUCUUCCAUUGAAUAAAAAUGUUGAAACAUGA